AUGGCGCCUCGAUGGCGCGUGUCAGAAAAGCGAAACAUUUUUCAAGGCGCCAAAUCUGUUCGGGAUAAACUUGCUGAAAGGUUGUCGUGCAUUCUCCAAACUUCUGUGUCGAAAAAUGGAACCUCUUCUACGAUAUGUUUGAACUGCAAGAGGAACCUCGAAAGGUUGGAAAAGGCAACAGCCGAUCUUGUUAGAUUUAAAGAAACGGCUGGGAGAACUGCUAAAGAGCAAAAAACAUUUAUAGUGAAUGACAAAGAGAACUCUGGUGAACGCUUUAAAAGGUGUAAGUUUUUAGAUUCACCAAAAAAUGAAAAGCCCGUGAAAAGAAAAGCGUGUGAAACAGAAGUUCGACGAAAUAUUUUACAGCCAAGUGCAACGCCUAUGUUUUUAACAGAACUUCCGAAUCACGACGAUUUGUUUGUGAAUUCCCAACACAGAGUUAUGAAUCGUUCCAAAACUAAGGUAGAGGUAAGUUUUAAAAAAUACAAAUACUAUAAUUUACCUGUAAAAACUAUUAAAAGAGCUAUAGUAUAAAAGUAAAGUUGUACAUUGUACAAUACUUGAAAAAAUUUUAAAUAUUGAGCUUUUGUUUAUAAUGUAGGUGACAAUAGACUAUCCGUCUACACAGAAGCGCAAAACUAUAACUGAAGAGUUAGAUGCCAAGAUCAUAAGAGGUGUUGCUAACAAUGAACGUGUUUCCAUUGCAAAUGCCGUAGAACUCAAGAGAUCUUGA